CUGCCCUCCAUCUGAUCUUCUGUACAACAAAAACAGAGGCUCUCUCUGUUUCUGGUUUCCAGGAAACUCAAAGAAACGAAAGAUGGCGGAUGCGCAGCGAAAUGGGCUCAGCAUCCAACAUAAGAUACUGUUAGUUGGGGAAGGAGAUUUCUCCUUCUCUUUAUCUUUGGCUCUCAAAUUGGGCUCUGCCUCCAACAUGGUCUCCACCUCCCUCGACACUAAAGGGGAAUUAAGCCUGAAAUAUGACAAGGCCGGAUCCAACCUCCAGUUGCUGACAACGAUGGGAGCGCAAGUGCUGCACAACGUGGAUGCAACCCAAUUGAAUGCUACUGCAGAGCUGUGCGGUCGCAAGUUCGACCGCAUCAUUUUCAAUUUCCCGCACGCAGGGUUUCAUCACGGACAUGGCGAAGCGAGCCAGUGGGUCAUCGCACAGCACAAGCAACUGGUGUACAGUUUCUUGAAGAGCGCAUCAGGAAUGUUGCGGCCCAAUGGACAAGUCCAUGUGACCCACAAAACUGCACAACCGUUCUGCUGUUGGAACAUCGUGGAGCUUGCUCACAGGAACUCGCUGGUGUUGGUGGAACAGGUCGAUUUCAGGGUUGGAGAUUAUCCCGGUUACAGCAACAAGAGAGGCGACGGUUACAGAGCCGAUGAGUCGUUCCCUGUUGGACUCUGUAGCAACUUCAAGUUCGCAUUCGAUCCUUGUGCUGAAACAGAGGAUUGUGAGGCCCAUCGCGCUCUCCGUUGCCCAUGUAGGAAGAUUUGGGAAAUCAGAGACAAUCGACAAAAUAGCUCGUUGGGAAUAAAUCAUCAUCCUAGAAUCUUGAAAAUCAAGUCGAAAUCAAUCAACUGAUUGAUUUCAUAAUCACAGCACAAGAAUCACUCCUUUGAUCAAGCAUUGCAAAUAAGGAAGGUUCCAACUCACUCAAACCACCUCCUCCUCUUCUAUAAAAGGGACUGAAACGUAUUGCCUCUUCACUUUUGUGAGAGAACGGAAAAGGGUUUCUAAACAAAAGGGUUUAGUAAAGGGGAAGAGGUUCUUUGCUAGUGGCUGAUACAAAUUCCGGAGUUUGGAAUUUGGGUUGUUUAUUCGUCAUUCUUCUUUGUUUCUAGAAUUUCUUUCUUUGAGUCUUUAUUUCGAUUUGCUUCUUUGUAUGUGUAAGUUAGAUCGUAAAGAAAAUAAAAAUAGAGUCGUAGGUGUGGCCGUAGCCCAUUGCACCAGGGUGAACCACGUUAAAAAUAUCGUGUGUUCUUUAGAUUUCUGCUCUCCGUUGCCCACAUUCUCGUAAGCAUGACGAUUAUUUGGCAUAUGAUUUAGAAAAUGCGUUAAAGUUUCUGCUUUCUUGAUGAUGAUUGAUUGUGAUAUAUGGAGUUGGUAUGAAACAUUAUGUGAUGUGGUGCUUUUUGGUAUGUCGUAGCUAUUCAAAAAGAGAGUGAGAAAAAGAGUACUAUUUCAGUAUUUUGUAGGGGUGUUCACCUCAAGCUGGAUGCAAAUUCAAAUUCAAGAGAAAUUGAAUUUGUUUCCUUUUAUCAACUUUCCACAUCGAUGACAAAAAAAUUCAGCAAUGAAACAGAGAUGUACCUUAUCCAACAAUGAGGUAACAACGACCGUGCUAUCAAUUUUACGCUCAUGAUGCCUUCUCCGUGACUUUAGUCAUACAUAAAUUGCAUUGGUUUCUAAAAGUACGAAAGCUAAGACGAUGAAACAAUUGAUAUCGAUUUGUCUCUAUCAAGUGUUCUACAAACUAGGAACGAAGCUAUUAGCCAAUAGAUUAGAAAGAUUCGUUCCAUAUAUAGAAUUUCCCUAUGAUUAUGUCAAAUGACAUUAUUCGUGGAAGACAAAUAAUCGACAACAACCUCAAUAGUCAUGAAAUGACUCAUUACCUAAAAAAUUAAUCAUAGGAAAGGAAGCAUGUUUUUAUGGGCAUCAAGCUAUAUAUGAACAAGGCUUAGAAUGAUACUUUCUUCUAGAAAUGAUAAAAGCAAACGAGAUUCACUGAGCAUUUUACAUAUUGGAUCCUCCAAUGCGUAAUUUCGUAGCUCAAUGAGUUAAUUAUUCAGCCUGAAGUUCGAUAUCUCAAUCAAGACAUAGCACCUUAUUUAAUCCACUGUCCCUUCGAUAAGUUACUAUGUCACAUGAAAUAGGUUCAGCUAUUAGGGUUUCACUGUCGCUAAUAACCUAAUUAACUACAAAUCAUUGUAUUGGUGGCCAGUAGGGAUGGCAAUGAGGCGGGUUUGGAGCGGGUUUGCUUAAACCAUCCCCAUACCCAUCUUCAAAUACCCAAACCCAUACCGCCCCAUACCCAUGCGGGGGAAUGUUUUGCAAACCCAUCCCCAUACCCGUGGGUUUCGGGUACCCAUGGGUAAUACCCAUACCCGUAAUCCAACAUUAUUAUACCUAAAACUUACAAGAAAAGUUCUAAUUAUAA